GCCCUUUGGCCUCUACUGGGGGCGUCCUGCUGCGUCAGCGAGUCACGUGACCGGGGUCGGAAGCGCUUCAGAUCCACGUUACUUUCAACGCAUCGCUCAGAAACUGGUCAUUGGAUGAUUUAGGCAUGUUCCUAUGUGUGCUGCUGCUGUUGGCCCCUCUGUGUGUGACCGCUGCCCAGGAUGAGGCUCACAAACCUGGGCACGUGUCUGUGGUGGUACUGGGGGGCACUGGAGACCUGGCCCGCAAAUACCUGUGGCAAGGAUUCUUCGAACUCUACAUAAACCAAGUCAGCAGUGGGCACAGUUUUUCCUUCUAUGGUGGAGGACUCUCACCUGUCAACAAGUCCACUCCUGUGCUUUUUGAGAUUUUAAAGAGCUUAAACUGCUCUAAAGAUGUUUCAAAAGAGCGCUGUGCCAUACUUAAAGAACAGUUCUUGCGUCUGUCAAAAUACAAGCAGCUUAAGACUCUAGAAGAUUACCAAGAUCUAUCUAAAAGCAUUCAAAAGAAGCUCGAACAAGAGGGGAUGGUUGAAGCAGGGAGACUGUUCUACCUCUCAGUGCCUGCUUUUGCCUAUGCAGAGAUUGCAGACAGGAUCAAUAGUACCUGUAGACCGUCAAAGGGAGCGUGGCUACGAGUGGUCCUGGAAAAACCUUUUGGGCAUGAUUUUAAAAGUGCACAAGUGUUAGCAACACAACUGGGAGCCUCGCUAAAGGAUGAGGAAAUGUAUAGAAUCGACCAUUACUUGGGAAAACAGGUGGUGGCAAACAUACUUCAGUUCAGGAUGCAGAACAAGAAGCACCUCGACCCAAUGUGGAAUAAAUACUUCAUCGAAAGAGUGGAAAUCGUUUUAAAAGAAACACUUGAUGUGAAAGGUCGCAUAGCGUUCUAUGACCAGUACGGAGUGAUCAGAGACGUUCUGCAGAACCAUCUCACGGAGGUCAUGACCCUGCUAACAAUGAGACUACCACUGAACCUGAGCAACAGCCAGGAGGUGCUCACGAACAAACUUAAUAUUUUCACAUCUCUGCUGCCCCUGAGUAAGAACCAGGCGGUGAUCGGACAGUACCAGGCCUACCAGAGAGAGGUCCAACAAGAGCUCAACAAAACCAAGGAACACGUCAGUCUGACUCCCACGUUUGCAGCUGUCCUGGCCCAUAUCGACGAGACCCAAUACGAAGAUGUCCCAAUUCUCAUGAUCUCAGGAAAACAGUUGGACGAGCGAGUGGGUUAUGCCCGGGUGCUUUUUAAGGACAACGUCUUCUGUCUCCAAAAUCAAAACAGCGUCCACUGCAAACCCAAACAGAUAGUCUUCUACUUUGGACAUGGCAACCUGAAGUACCCCGCAAUCCUUGUGAGCAAAAAUCUGUUCAAACCAGGUGUUAUUGACAACGAAUGGAAAGAAGUAACUGAACAUGAAGAUAAAAAUGUUACAGUUUUAGGGUUGCCUAUUUCAGACUAUUAUGUACAAACACCAAAAGUCCAAAAGGAAGCCUACACAGAGUUGAUUUCUCAUAUAUUAGCUGGACGAAGAAAUAGUUUUGUCAGUACAGAAAAUCUUCUAGCCUCUUGGGAUUUUUGGACCCCGCUUUUAACUAGCAUCACCAACACAUUCCCACGAAUUUAUCCAGGAGGUGAUGCAAACAAGGACAUGCUUGACAUCCUACUCAAAGGAAGAGACUUGAACUAUAUCAAUGAAGUGGUUCUAAUUAACAAUGAUCAAAAAGGUGGACAAACUGCUAAUACUGUCCAAAUCAUGCAGGGCAAAUUUCGGAAUGAUGAAAUGGUCUCAGGGUGGACGGAAGAGCUAAUAGAAAAGCUAGCAUCAGACAUAGAAGAAGCAGCAGAGAAGGCUAUUCUUGAAAGUGGAGUUUUUCAUUUAGCGGUAUCAGGCGGGGCGUCUCCAUUGGCGCUAUUUCACAGACUGGCUUUGCACCAUUUUGCGUUUCCGUGGAGAGAUACGCACGUUUGGAUGGUGGAUGAACGCUGUGUAGCUUUAAAUGAAUUUGAAUCGAAUUUUCAUAGCCUCCAUGACCACCUACUCCAACAUGUAAAGAUACCAUAUUAUAAUAUACACCCAAUGCCCGUUCAGCUAAACCAACGCCUCUGCGUGGAAGAAGACAAAGGAACUUGGUUAUAUGAAGAGGAGAUCAAGAAAUUCGUUAAUGCCUCUAGAUUUCAUUUUGUUUUAUUAGGUGUUGGUUAUGAUGGUCACAUAGCCUCUCUAUUUCCAGGAGUUAAACCAGAGCAUCAUGGGGAAAGUUUCGUUGUUUUAACAGAAAGCCCAGUAAAACCUCACCAGAGAAUGAGUCUAACUUUUAAUGCAAUAAACCGAGCACAGAAAGUGGCAAUUUUAUUAAUAGGAAAAUAUAAACACGAGGCAGUAAUACAGCUGAGCAGAGUGAAAGAGGAGACAACGCAGUGGCCCGUGACUUGGGUGAAGCCAGACAGUGGCAGUCUGAUCUGGUACAUAGACUAUGAGGCAUUGUUAGGGUAAACAUCGGAAAUUUUAGGUAUUAAAGGUACACUAUGCAACUUUUCUGUUGGAUGAUCUGCCAUCUGCUUGUGUCCAUGAAGAGGAUGUUGCUUUGCCUGGAAUGUUCCACAGUAUGAGAUUAUAAUUGCAUCUUUGUAUUUUUUUAAUUACGGGGGUUUUAUUGCCCAAAACCACAAGCAUUCUUACUGCAAGUGUGGUUGCCUCUCCACAGAUCUGACUUGUAAUUUGGCCUAGUGGUGUCGCCUGCUAGUCGCUAUGGAGUCACCCAAGUUCACUGCCGUAGUGUGGAACAUUCUAGGCAAAGCAAUAACAUCUUCACACAGACUAGUAGAAAAGUUACAUUGUGCACAAGAAAUUAAACUGCUGUAUGUAUUCAUAAAUAGGUGCUGGAAAAUAUGGAACAAAGUUUUCAUCAAAAACUAUAUUUGUGAGAAAUAAUUUAUCCACUGCCAGUUACUUCCCAGUGCAAACUAAAAGAAAAGUAUAUUCUCAGUUUAAAAGAAGUAUAAUGAUUUGGCCAGUUGCCAGUUGAGUAGUUGCUGACUGAACUGAAGCAUUAAAACUGAAUUUGCAUUUAUGGUUCAAAUGUUUUAUAAAUGUGUCAUUACCAGUUCUUAUUGCAACUCAUCACAGUAUUGGUGAAAAUAUUUAAGAAAAUAUAAUUUAUUUUAUUAAAGCAAAUGAGGUGUUGAAUGACAUGGUAAAAAGAAAUAUACUGUAUUUUGGACAAAUUUUAAGUUUAUUAUAUUUUAAAACAGAUGUUUGUAGGUCAUUUAUUCACAAUUCCAAAGAACUUUUGAGCUUGUAGAUUUAUAGGACAGUAAACCGAAUUAUCCACUAAAUGCUACUUUGAUUUGCUCCAAAUGGAAGUUUUGCCGUGGAUUUGACAAAUGAAUAUAUUUUACAAAGUGUGAGAGUGCUUGCUGAGUUUUAAUGGUUGAGACGGGUUUGAGUAAAGAGUGCUAAAUGAUUGUUUGAGCAUAUGUCCUCGUAAAACUUAAAAGGAACAAAACAGAUGUGGGUGCUCUUUAAAUCUCAGGAAGUUGUGUGUAUUUUUACAUAUACAUACAUUUUCUGUGUAAUCUUGGACUUUUAUAUAAUGCAAAAUGACUAUCUUUUACAAACUGUGACUGUUUACAUAUAGUUACAUCGUUUUUCACAAGAGACUUAACAGCAGUGGUUCUCAUCUGUUUUGGUGUUGAUCCUUAAUUGCCUUAUUGUGACUAAAGGACCAAAGUUAUUUUUAAAGUACACAUUUUACUGUGACAUUUGUAAAACUGUUACACUCAUCUUAAAAUUUUGAAUAAACUCUAGCUCAACCUCACUGUGACCUAAUUUGGGACCCAAUCCACCAGCUGAGAAUCACUGUUCCAAUUAAGAAUAUAUUUUUUAUGCAAGAACCAAAUGAACCUUGUGAACUCACUUAUAAGGAGAGAGGUGGAAAAAAUACACAAAGCUUUACUCAAGUGCAAGAAUUGUUACUAGAAAUUGAAAUUAAAACUGAAAUAUUUGUUUUAAAGUGAAGAUUGAGUUCAGUAUGACCAGAAAUACUUACAAGACAUAUUUGAAAUAUUAACAGUAUGUGAUAAAUUGCAGCCCUAGUCUCCAAACAAUAUAAUGAUCCUUGAUUGGCAAAUUUUGGUUGCACAAAGCACUGACUUUUCUUUAAGGGUUAAAUAAGUAAAUAAAACAAACUUGGGUAAUGUUAUCUUGUACGUUUUCCACCUCUUCUUGGAAUAUACACAAAUGCACCAGCAAUAAAUGCAGUUAUAUUCUCAUUA